AUGAAGUGCUUCUCGUUCUUCAGGGAGAGAACCAGAGGAAGGAGCUCCGCCGCUCCGGCGAAGCUCGCCGCUAAGCCGCCGAGCUAUCCUUCCUGUCCGUCGUCUUCUCCGCGGAGCAUCUCCGAUCUGUACGAGGAGAAGGCGGGGGCCCUGCGCGUCUUCGACCUCUCGGAGCUCCGAGGCGCCACCAACGACUUCAGCCGGCUGCUGAAGAUCGGGCAGGGCGGAUUUGGGGCCGUCUACAAGGGUUUUAUCCGCCCCCCCGGCGGCGCCGGCAACAGAACCACCGUCGCCAUCAAGAAGCUCAACUCCAAGGGCCUGCAGGUACGCCACCAACCCUUCAUCUUCUAGAAUCAUUUAGUGUUCUUCCAAACUAUCGCCCUGAAGAUCGCUCCGCUGAAAACCGACUGCACAGAGUUUUCUAAGGGAUCCGAUUACUGCGAUUUCUUCAUAUCUGGUUCUCCCUAUCUUCCCCCUUGUGCUGCCCAGAAUUGCCCUAGAAAAAGAAGAAGAAGCUGCCUGCGGCAGCAACAGUGUGACCCGUGUCGCCAUUGCUGCGGCACCAGUCGAGCUCGGGAUACAGAGGAAGCAGAUGUUGCCUACAACUGAUUGUCACGGGGAAUGCCCUUCAAGCUAACUAGCUGAACUUGAUCAAGGACAGAGAUGACUAAUCUCUUCUAGCUUUUUCUCCUCCCUUUUUUUCUGUUCUACCUCUUCGAUGCAUGUAACUAGUAAGCUUCAUAUCUAUAAAAAGUAAUAUUUGCACAAGUGGGUGUGAAGGAUCUUCAAGAACUUGAAUGAAAGAAUCUACUGUUUUUUUUUCUGAUCUGCCUCUUCGAUGCAUGUAAACUAGUAAGCUUCAUUUCCAUGAAAAAAGUAAUAUUUGCACAAAAGAGUGUGAAGGAUCUUCAAGAACUUGAAUGGAAGAAUCUACUGAGUGGGUUUUUUGUGUAUGGAUCUCCCUUCGAAACCACAUCCUGCAGAGUCGAUCUAUCUAUUAAGUUCAUCAUAUAUUUGCUGAUUCUGUGGACUGAAAUGGUGAAAUUCGUCUUACAGGGGCAUAAACAGUGGUUGACAGAGGUCCAGUUCCUCAGUGUUGUUGACCACCCAAAUCUAGUGAAGCUUAUCGGCUACUGCGCCGUAGAUGGUGAGAAGGAAAUCCAGAGGUUGCUGGUCUACGAGUUCAUGCCGAAUAAGAGCUUGGAGCAGCAUCUUUUCAACGGGGCCUAUCCUGCUCUGUCAUGGGAGAGAAGACUGAAGAUUGCCAUGGGGGUAGCAGAGGGCUUGAGAUACUUGCAUGAAGGGUUGGAGAUCCAGGUCCUUUUUAAAUCUCUCUCACCCACUUCUUUGUUUGACAAUGGAUGCUAUGCUACCUGCAUGCUCAGGGUGUAUUCAGUACUCUCUCUCUCUCUCUCUCUCUCUCUACUCGGUCUGCACGCUAGACAAGGAAACUGAUAUCGAAUAUAAAAGACCAAGAUGGAGAAACCAAUGUUGGCCAAAUCUAACUGUUAUGUGUUCAUAAUAACUGAUAGUCUCACUAUCAGGCUGUCAAUAUGACUCACUGUUCAUAAUGCUCCUAGUAGGCUUGGUUUCUGUUGUCCUGAAUGAAAGAGGAUGAAAUGAAUCAUAAAUUGUGCCUAUAGACUUCAGCUUUUGAGAUCGAGAGUCUGCAGAGGCUUGCAGGUGAAAAUUUUGAACAGUCUAGAUAGCCACGAUGGAAUGAUUUUCUCAAAAAGGAAAAAUGGUGAGCAUUUUUCCUUCAGAUACGCCAACAAGAAUGCGGUCAGAUCUUGAGCAUUCAGCAACAAGAACACUAUAACCUUACUAUUAAGUGAUUACCUUGAGGUGGAAAGUUACCAGAUCGAACCUGGGUAGAUCAUCCUUUUGAUAGAAGUUGACUGAUUCUGGAGAGCCAGUUCCAUACGUUUUUUUCUUUUCUCAGCCUGUUCUUCUGCACUUGGCGUGGUUGCAUGGGUCAUUUCUCAUCUGAUGUGCUUACUAACCUGUUGAAACUAUGCUCUUAACAGGUGAUAUUUCGAGACUUCAAAGCAUCGAAUAUUCUUCUAGACAAGGAGUUCAACCCCAAACUGUCCGAUUUUGGCUUGGCGAGGCAGGGACCUUCGGAUGGGCGCAGCCAUGUUACCACCGCGGUAGGUACACCUGUGGAGUUCCUACCUGAAGCUAAAUUGUGUGAUCUCAUCCAGAACUAUGGAAAAUGUUGAUUUUUUUUUUAAUCUUGAUGAACCGUAUACGACUUUGCUAUAUGCUUCUAUCGAAGAAGACGCAACCUACUGGAGCAGAAACGUGUUCACUAAGGAAAAGGAUCCCAACUUAGUUGGUAUAUUUAUGUUAUUAUGAUGAGGGAAAUAAAUAUAUGCAGUGAAAUUAAUCAUCUACUGUGCAAUCCACAUAAAUAAAAUAUAUUGAACUUUGAACAGAAGGCUAGACAUGAUAUCAAAGGACUGAACCUGUGGUUCGACUGUAUCAUAAUAUUGGACGAGGCAUCAAGGCAUUGGGAUAGACUCAUGCUUUUCAGCCCAUCUACUCUUUUGGCAUUGACUUAAUGAGAAAGUUUUUCUUUAUUGCUAUAAUUGGAAAAAUGACGUCUGAUAUCACUGAAAGCACCUUCUAUGACAUACUACAGCUAUGUCCUUCAUCUCAUUUCUUCAUCUAUGGAACUCAUUUCCCUCAUUAUACAAGUAACACCCCAUUGAAAUGUCCUUCUUGAAUUUGUGCUAGUUGAUCUAGGGGACCCUUUAGUGCUUCCCUUUUGUAUGAGACAUGAAUCAAAUCAAAGACUAUGAAAAAAAAUAUUGGGGCUUAUUGUCUUCUGGGAUCAUUCCUGUGGAGUUAGGCUGGCCAACUUAUCUGUUCUAGUACCUGUUACAGGUAGUGGUAACCUGUGGGUGUGGCCCCUAGAAUGGCUCGUUAAUCUAAGUCACCUUGUUGUGCUGCUGUUUGAUAUGAGACGUGAAUCAAAUCAAAUACUAUGAAUUUUUUGGGGGAACUUACUCUUUCUUUUAUGAAUCACUCCAGUGGAGUUAAAUCUCUCAUCUUCUGAGUUGUAUUGCUUUGUUUCAGGUUGUGGGAACCUAUGGAUAUGCAGCCCCAGACUACAUCAAAUCAGGCCACCUCACGAUCAAAAGUGAUGUGUGGAGUUUCGGAGUGGUGCUGUAUGAGAUUCUCACAGGCCGACGAACACUAGAUAAAACCCGCCCUAAACCUGAGCAGAAGCUUCUGGACUGGGUGAAGAAAAUCCCCAUAGAGAGCAAAAGGUUCAGUGAGAUCAUGGACCCCAGGCUCAGGAACGAGUACUCGAUAUCUGCCGCCAGGUUACUCGCCAAGCUGGCCAACUCUUGCCUCCUCAAGAACCCUAAAGACCGUCCCAGCAUGUGCGAGGUGCUUGAAACUCUAGCGCAAGCAAUCCAGAUUACUACUGACGCAGGUUCUCCAACGGAGAAUCAUUAA